AUGACCACAUCGCCGCAGGCCGAUGUGGGGGACCCGCAGAUGGUCUCCAACAGCCUGGCACCGUUCAUGUCUCUGGCAACGGUCGUCACCGGAGCAGCCGGCGCCCCUGCCCCCUCAGCCUCAGAGGGGGCCCCGCAGCCCAGCACCAGUGCAACUGCUCCUGCCUUAGGAGCCGCCAGCGGUGGCGAAGUGGCUGAGGAGGCCGUGACUGCCAGCAGCGCUGCCACAGCUGAGAAACCCGCAGAGGAGUGA